AUGACAGGUAGAGGUAAUGAUAUUCCUGAUCAGAGCCCCCGUUUCAUAUUACGUAAAAAUGACGGUCCUUUCCUAGUGCAAAGUUCGUCGUCUAUGAGCUUCGUUUUAAUUCAAGGCCAGCAGUAUGUUAUACCAGUAUCUAAUCAGUUAGUGGGUUCUUUUGGUCAAAACUCUCCAUCAGUAAGUCAAACGAACAUUCUUGUUAAUCAACAUCGGACUCCAUUGGAAAACGAAGAAAAAAAUGAUCCAAAUGAUGAUCUACAAGAGUUACCUCCAGCUCUAGAUAAAGUUGAUGAUGAAGAGGAGCUGGACGAAAAUAGAGAAACUCCGAUGGGAUUUACAUGUGAGAAAGCUUUCCUUAAGGAGGCGGAUGAGUUCAAAAAGUCAGUGAAUGAUAAAGGAGUUCUACUGCAUCAUAUACAUGGAUUCGCUAUUGAAGAAAGUGAAAGGCCUCUCUCUCCCAUGUCUGUUCAAAUUGGGAAGCGUAAGGACAAAGAAAAUAAGGAAUCUAGCUCACAGAGAUUGGAAGAAAGUUCAAAGAAAGAAAAAAGGAAAACUGAAUGUAGCGCUCUAUCUACAAGUGGCGCUUGUUCGGGAGCAAUGAAGUUGUGGUCAGAGCCAUCACAACAAUCUGAUUCAGCUUUGAGUGGUUUGGAUAAAAUAAAGGGUAAAUCUAAAAAGUGCCGUGGCAAUGAGUUGACACAGCUUCUAAGUAUGGAUUUUGGCCCUAAAGCUGGAGAAAGAAUUAUAUUAGACAGUAAGAGGAGAAGCUUUAAUGAUAAACAUGAAGACGAGAAUAUUAUGAAACGGAGUUUCCACAGACAUCGGAAUUUUUCGGAAGAUUCCGUCUCUUAUAACUCUUCUUCGAAAGAAUGCUCUGAGUCGGACUAUCCUAUCCAACGGAUAUCUGGGAAGAGCCAAGACGCCGAAAUUAAGAAAUGCAUAGAGCAUGAUUUGUUAAAAAAGCAUUCACUAGUUCUAACAGUAGCAGGAAGAUUUAGUGAAUCUGAAACAGAGCUUGAAUGUAUAACUGAUUCCAAGCUUGAGCAAAACAAGGGAAAUCAGCAACGCGACCUUCUGUCUAAAUCCUGUCAUCCUGAUAAUGAGAUAAAAUCAGAGUCUAUUGAACAGGAGGGAACGCUAGCUGUAAGUGAUGCAAAUGAUGAACUGAAAGUCUUGGAAGACGUGAAUCACGAAUGUUAUGCUGAAUAUGAAGCAGAGAAAAAAGUCUGUCAAGACGUAGAAGAUAAACAUGGUCAUCCCAUCGCAGAAUCGUCAAGCAUAACAGAUACUUUUGUAAAUUCCGAAAAGCUGGAGAAUUUUGAAGAGUGGGAAGUACACUGUAGUCAUGAAAAAGAUGCUUCACAUGAAAGAGAAGGAAAUGAAUCGACAUCGGGGCGUGAUUUAAGCUUCAGAUUUGAAAUCACCUCCAUGAAACAUCAGCUCUAUAAUAAAGCUAUAAAUAUAACUACGAAUCAGAAUAAAUGUCUCAAUUGUGUGACCGAGAGUUGUUCCGAUGUUUAUCCACAGUAUUGCUCUGUGGCGUGCCGUCAAAUGUUCAUAAAAGAGAAUGGAGAUCAAUAUUCUUAUAUAGAUUCAGCUAUGUACCAAGAAGAUGAAGAAUGCUGCUCGCGAAGAAAUAGAACGGAUGAAAUAAUGAAACACGUAGUAGAGCUGAAUUGCGAUGAGGAAGAUGCCUAUGACCAGGAAACAGUAUUCGGAGUUCCUUGCAACUAUCAUUUCCUAAACAAACACGUGAAACUGGAAGAUGAAAAACUUUUAAACGAAAAAGCUAGCGCGAAUUCUGUCGAUUCUGAAUCGACUGUUCCGUAUGAUUUGAAAUCAGUUGACAUGGCAUCAUCAGAAUUGCUCCACCAUGGAAUCAGCAGUAAGAAGAAUAUUCAGUCGACUCUGGAAGAAAGCAUGGAGAAGUUGAUCAAAAUUCAUCCGUAUAACUGGAGUGUUGAGGAGACAUGCUCUUGGAUCCUAAGCGUUACCGGUUCCAAAGAACUAGCGGAGACAUUUGAGAAAGAAGUUAUUGACGCUUCAGUGUUGUUUUCUUUAUCUUCAAAGGAGAUGAGAGAGUCUCCAUUCAGAAUGAAGUUCGGAUUUGCUCGAAAAAUCGAAGUCGCAAUUGAAAAAUGUUGUGAUUAUUGGAGAAUUCCUAAUAGAUUGGACAAUUGUGAGGAGACUUUCUUAACGAAAGAUAUAAGCUCAAUAACUGUGGAUGACUUGUAUCGCUUGGUCUUCCAGAGAACUAAAGAUAAAAAACUGGCUUCACGUAUUAAGGAUGAGGAAAUAGAUGGAUUCAUCUUACAAAUCACAUCGUGGGAGGAGUUACGUGCGACAUGUGUUACCGAAGACCUGACAAAGCUCGGUGUCAAAUGGAAAGUUGACAGAGUAGAACAUCUUUUUAAUUCUCUCAAAACUAAAAGUGGGAAAUAA